ACAAUCGAAUUCGAUUCGAUGACAAAUUUCAUCACAAAUCUUUAUUGACUGAUGUAUUUUGUUAAGUGAUCGCGUUUAUUUAGCAUAAUUGCAUUGUAACAAAAGUAAUUGCAGUACAGUUAAACGACAAAGCAGAAUCAUGGCUAACGACGAAGCUAUUUUGAAACAAUACCUAUCCAAGUACCAGCAUCGCGAUUACACAGCUCGUGAGGUAAUUAAUUUGAUACAAGCACACAGAAGUCUCACUUAUCGUUUGGAGGCCUUUGUUUUCAACAAUGGAACUAGGAAGGAUCUGCUCAACUUAGAAGGGACUGUUCCAGUACACUACAAAGGUGCCUAUUACAACAUACCAGUAUGUAUUUGGCUAAUGGACACCCAUCCAACUAAUGUACCUCUGUGUUUCGUUAAACCGACGCCCGACAUGUCUAUCAAGGUCUCUAAAUACGUGGACAGCAACGGGAAGGUCUAUCUGCCAUUUUUACAUGAAUGGAACCCACAGAAAUCAACUUUAUUGAACCUUGUUCAAGCCAUGAUAGCUGCUUUUGGGGAGUUGCCUCCAGUGUACUCUAAACCGCGCAGUGAGGCAGCCAGGCCUCCGUAUCCGGUCAAUUCGUUCAUGCCUCAGCCCUAUCCAGGUGCUGGCUAUCCUCAAGUCACACCACAGGCAGGCUAUCCACAACCAACACCAUAUCCAACUACAUCCAAUGUGCCUUAUCCAGGAUAUGGUUCUCCAUACCCUGGUGCAGGCCCAGCUGCUACUAAUGGAGUGCCAUACCCUCCAUUGCCAGGGAGCACGCCCUACCCCCCACAACAGGCUACCUACCAAACUGGACCAGACACCAACAGUGGAACAAUAACCGAAGAACACAUAAAAGCAUCCUUACUAUCUGCUGUUGAAGAUAAACUGAGGAGAAGACUCAAGGAGCAGUCCCAGCAGUCACAAGCGGAGCUGGAGACGCUGAGGCGGACUCAACAGGAGCUUCAAGAAGGGAAAUCAAGGCUUGAGGAUAUCUUAAGUAGACUUCAGAGGGAACGCUCGGAACUGGACAAGAAUGUAGUUAUUUUACAAGAGAAAGAGAAAGAACUACAGGCAGCUGUUGAGAGAUUAGCAGAACAAGAAGGAGUAGAUGUGGAUGAGGCGGUGGUGACUACCGCUCCUUUAUAUAAUCAGCUCUUGAAUGCUUUUGCUGAGGAAGCAACUUUAGAAGAUGCUAUGUACUACAUGGGAGAAGCACUACGUAAGGAGGUCAUUGACUUGGACACUUAUUUGAAGCAGGUGCGGGCUCUGGCGAGGCGGCAGUUUACUUUGAGAGCUUUAAUGCACAAGUGCAGGCAAAAAGCCCAACUGGCUUGUUAAUGAAUUGGCUUGGCAAUGUUGUGAUUUCUUCAUGAAAACCUUCAAUACUCUGGUCAAAAUGCAUUCUCAAAUAUUGAGGUCAAAAUUUAUAUGUAAUAUAUUUGAGAAAACUGUUAUUUUCUAUAAGAGUGCAUGGACUUUAUAAAGGGUUGUUAUGAUUGUUUAAAGAGACUGCUUUUACAAUUUGCAAGCAUAGUUUCUAUAAUCAGUCCCACUGUCAUC